UAUCUACCAAAUUCUCGGGAGCCUUGUUGCACGUUGACUGUCUGGUAAGAGAAAACCAUGCCUCUAAGCAACCUCUGAAGAUGACUCAAUGCGGCAAAACCUAAUAUGCGAUGACCAAGGGACUUUUAAGGUAGAAAGAAUUACUGCUACUGAUUGCCAACCGAAGGGCUCGGAUUGGUCUUUUAUCUUCUACUCUCUCCAUCCACCACCGCUCUCUUCUCAAACCAAGCAUGGCGCUUGCCAUAUCAGCCCUUCUCUUCCUUCUCUUCACCAUGUCAUCUGCCUUGGACAUGUCAAUCCUUACCUCUAAUGACAAUCAACCAAACCAUGAUCGAUCAAGCUGGAGAAGCGAUGAUGAGGUGAUGAGUAUGUACAAAUGGUGGCUUGCAAAGCAUGGUAAAGCAUACAACAGGCUAGGAGAGGAAGCAGAGAGGUUUGAAAUCUUUAAGAAUAAUUGGAGGUUCAUUGAUGAACAUAACUCCCAAAACCAUACGUACAAAGUUGGGUUGACUAAGUUUGCAGAUCUUACCAAUGAAGAGUACCGUGCCAUGUUUCUGGGCACGAGGAGUGACGCUAAGCGUAGGUUAAUGAAGUCCAAAAGCCCGAGUGAAAGAUAUGCUUUCAAGGCUGGUGACAAGCUGCCGGAAUCCGUGGAUUGGAGAGCAAAAGGAGCAGUUAACCCGAUCAAAGAUCAAGGAAGUUGUGGUAGUUGCUGGGCUUUUUCAACAGUUGCUGCUGUGGAAGGAAUAAACCAGAUAGUAACGGGGGAGUUAAUCUCUCUAUCAGAGCAAGAACUUGUAGAUUGUGACAGGACCUAUAACGCAGGCUGCAAUGGAGGCCUCAUGGACUAUGCAUUCCAAUUCAUUAUCAACAACGGCGGCCUGGACACCGAAAAGGACUAUCCGUACGUAGGAGAUGAUGAUAAAUGUGACAAAGACAAGAUGAAAACUAAGGCUGUUAGCAUUGAUGGGUUUGAGGAUAUUUUGCCGUACGAUGAGAAAGCAUUGCAGAAAGCUGUUGCUCAUCAGCCAGUUAGCGUCGCCAUUGAAGCCAGUGGCAUGGCUUUACAAUUCUACCAGUCUGGAGUGUUCACCGGUGAAUGUGGGACAGCCCUAGACCAUGGUGUGGUUGUUGUUGGAUAUGCCUCGGAGAAUGGCUUGGAUUACUGGCUUGUUCGGAACUCAUGGGGCACAGAAUGGGGGGAGCAUGGAUACAUCAAGAUGCAGCGUAACGUCGGCGACACAUACACUGGCAGAUGUGGAAUUGCAAUGGAAUCUUCUUACCCAGUCAAGAAUGGCGAGAACACUGCUAAACCUAACUUGGCUGAAGCAAAACAAGAAGGGAAGGUGAUUGAAGGUGUAAAGCUGGAUGAUUGGUGAGAUUCCGUGUUGAUUUAUCGAGCUGAAUAGACGACGCUCUUAUCCUUCUUGGUCUAAGUUUACCGAAAGGACAAUCAGGCGAGCUGUUCAUGUUUGUUUCUAAUUCCAUGCAUGAUUAUCGUUGUAUUGUAUAUAUAGUUUUUCACUAUUCUUGUUUAGCUAUGCAAGUGUAUUUUAAAAAAAUAAAAAUAUGAGAUUUGAGUUAUAAAUUA